AUGCCACCUCGCUUCCCCUCCCUCCUUCUCACUCCUCCUGGGUGCUCAGACCGACGGCAGCUGCUGGCCCAUGACAACCAGAUGUCCCUCAGCCGUGGUCCUGCCAAGCAGCCAGAGCCCGGUGUGCGCCUUUCAGUUCUCCAGAGAAAGGCAGCUUCUGGCUCGGCUCAGCUACCGCGGCCGCAGGCUAACCGCUCCCAAAUCCCCAUUCAGAGGCUUUCAUUCAUGAAAUACGAGGCAGCGGGCCGAAAGCAGAACUCUGCCCCCCGAGGGACACCGAGCUGGCAGCUGUCCUCGGCUGGCUGCGGUGGCAGUGCCCGGCGGGACGUGCUGCAGGGAACGGGCAGCGCAAGCGUGGAGAUCAGGCCGCGCUCCGAGGACACGGCGCGGCAAACGCUGUCGCUGCUGCGAAAGAUCAUCGCGCACGGGCGGUGGGGAUGGGCCGGGGAGCUGAUGGAUCUGAUCCGGACGGAGGGCCAGCGGAUGACAGCAGCACAGCCAUCCGAGACCACCGUGGGCAACAUGGUGCGGCGUGUGCUGAAGGUCAUUCGGGAGGAGUACGGCCGACUUCAUGGGCGCAGUGAGGAAAGUGAUCAGCAAGAUUCCCUGCACAAACUUCUGACUUCUGGAGGACUGAGUGAGGAUUUCAGCACUCCCUACCCUUCUCUCAGAGCAAACGUUAUUGAAGCUAUCAAUGAGCUGCUAAUAGAGCUAGAGGGCACCACCGACAACAUUGCCAUGCAGGCACUGGAGCACAUCCAUUCCAAUGAGGUGAUCAUGACCAUCGGCUACUCACGCACUGUUGAGGCCUUCCUGAAGGAAGCUGCCCGCAAACGGAAGUUCCAGGUCAUUGUGGCAGAAUGUGCACCUUUCUGUCAGGGUCAUGAAAUGGCUGUCCGCCUAUCUAAAGAGAACAUCGAAACUACGGUCAUGAGUGAUGCCGCUAUUUUUGCUGUCAUGUCUCGAGUCAACAAGGUUAUCAUUGGUACAAAGACAAUCCUGGCCAAUGGUGCACUGAUUGCUGUGAGUGGUACUCACACUCUGGCACUAGCAGCUAAACACCACUCCACGCCACUCAUUGUAUGUGCCCCCAUGUUCAAGCUCUCACCCCAGUUCCCUAACGAAGAAGAUUCAUUCCACAAGUUUGUGUCACCACAGGAAGUGCUGCCAUUCACAGAAGGGGAGAUCCUGGCAAAGACCAAUGUUCAUUGCCCAGUGUUCGACUAUGUCCCUCCAGAGCUCAUUACUCUCUUCAUUUCUAACAUUGGGGGUAAUGCACCUUCUUACAUCUACCGCCUCAUGAGCGAGCUCUACCAUCCAGAUGAUUAUGAACUCUAACACCAAGAAGCAUAUCACUGUCCAGACUUGCCCUGUCUUUCUCUUUAGAAAGAUACAGCAGCUAAUUAAAGCAGAUGUUGCAAAGGUGAGUUGCUGUUGGGAACUGGUAGGGAAUACAUUCGGCGCAAUCUUACCUACCAAAAAGCAGCAGAAGACAGUUCUUGUACUUGUCCUGAACCCUCUGCUUUGUUACAAGCCACAUGAAGAUGCUCACCAGUUUUGAAACAGCAAAACAUCAUUUUCUGGGGCAGCUGCGCUGUUACUUCAAAGCAUGCUGCAAUAAAUGCUGUUUACAGUGCUCUCAGUGUUAA